AUGUCUAUGAAAACUAAAAUUAAGUCGUUCUUUUCUGUCUCAAGACAGUACGCUGUUGCUGGUGCUUCAAACAACCCAUCCAAGUUUGGGUUUAAAAUUCUUCUGUGGUACGUGAGCCACGAUUUACCAGUAAUCCCAAUUAACCCUAAUGCUACAGAAAUUUUGGACAAGGAAGUUGUUCCUUCUAUAACUAACAUUAUUAAAGCUUUCACUAGCUCUUCUUCGAAGGUAGGUGAAUCGCACGACAUUUCUGGUAAAGAUGGCCUCAGUGUUUCCUUCUUGACUCCCCCACACAUUACUACCUCAACCUUGAAAGAGAUAGCCUCGGUUCCAGACUACAAGUCUGUAAUCAAGGGUUUGUGGUUCCAGCCAGGAUCUUACGAUCAAACAGUUCUCGAUACUGCUGAAGAAAUCGGAUUGCUGGACUUGGUCGUCUACGAAGAUGAAUGUAUCUUGGUAAGAGGCGAGGAAGGGUUAUAUAGUGCUACAGCAAACCUCUAG